AAACAAUAACAUGAAAUGAAUCGGGUUGUUUUUGCAAUACUAAGAUGGAAGGAGAAGAGAGAAAAAAGAUCCGUUUGUACUACACUCAUGGUAAAAUAUUUGUCUGGGAUCAUAAAGAUGUGAUUACAUUAAGAAAGGAACACAGAAUUGUUGGUAAUUUAGUGGGAUCCUUGCCUCGUGCUCCCAGACAAAAUAUACAUCUUGGUCUACCAUUACAACUGGCUUUCUAUGAAGCUAAACUAUUAGUUGAUACAGGUGUAGGGGAAAUUGUUAUAAGUAAAAAUCUAGAGAAAUAUGUGGAUGAAAAAAAAGUUCAACAGUUUAAAGAACUGAGACAAAAGUCUUAUGAAGAUCAAAUUCCAUUAUUCAAAGACGCCAGGAGGAAAGAAAUUCAACAGCAUAAGCAUUUAAUCAUUGAAGGAAAGAAAACUAAAAAACGUAAACAUGAAGAAUUAAGACAGGUGGAAUUACAAAAUAAAAGCAAGGAGUCGAAUGCAGCACUACAAACGGCAGAAAAUUUUGAAUCACAGAAUGAUUUAAAAAUUGAUCAAGCCAUACCAGAUAAAAUCCAAACAAGUAUGAAAGAUGAUGAUAAAGACACUGAAAGGGACUCUUCAUCUUUAAAUAAUGAAGAAGAAGACAAAGAAGAGGAAGAAGAAGAUUUUGAUAUUGAUCAAAUUGAUAUUCCUGAUAUCAAACCAGAGCAUGCUAUUGUUCAACUUUUUACAGAAAGUCUAUGGAAUAUAGAAUCUACAGAACCUUACCAAGACUGGCGCUACCCUCAGACUGAUGCAGAAGGUCUUCAAUACCAUGUUUUUAAAGAUCUUUGGCAGCAGAAUUAUUUCAUAACUCCGGGGAAUAAAUUUGGUGGAGAUUUUCUGGUUUAUCCUGGGGAUCCAGCUUUAUUCCAUUCCUUCUAUAUAGCAGUAUGUCUACCUCAUGAUGAAACUCUGACUUCUUUAGAAAUAGUGACUCUGGGACGCCUUGGUGCCAAUGUCAGAAAAACGGUGCUAAUGUGCUCAAUGUCAGGAGAUAAAGUCUUGUACACUUCUUUACAAUGGACUGGCAUAACAUGAAAACAGAAGGAAAUAGAUUCUCUUGGACGCCUUGGCGACAAUGUCAGGAAAACGGUGCUAAUGUGUUUGCUGUCUUUUACUUUUCUUUUGACAUCCUUUGUGAAAUUGUUCGUAAGAAUGGUUACAGUGUAGCAAUAAUAUCAGACCCUCUAGAUCUACAUUUUACCCUUCACGAAGACUUCAAAUUAUUAAAACACAAUCAAAAUUAAAAAUUUUAUUAUGAAUGAAACACAAACAACCACUUUUCAGUAGUGUCUAUUUCACAGCAUGGUACAUCACUUCCUGUGAAAUACCUCCUGUGUCUUUAUCUUGAUCAUUAAUUCUCAAGAUAGAGAGUCCAUCACUAUUGUUCUUAUAAAAAUGUUGACUCCUAGAUGAUGCCAAGACACUUGUUUAUUAGAGUCCAUCUUCAUUUUAACUCUUAAGCUUCACUCACAUAUAAAUUCCUUAAAAGUUUUGACUCAUUGAUGAUAAUAAUGAUGAUAAUUGAGUCCACAAUAAAUGUAGUCUUUUUUUC